CGCGCUGGGCUGAGGGCUCGGCGGCGACUCAGAACUUUUGCGUCGAUCCCGGAAGUGAGUUGUUCACAGUCUCCCCCGCGACUCGGAGAAGAAGAAGCAGCAGCAGCAGCAGCCGCCUCCUCCUCUCCUCUCCUCUCCAGCGGGGGGCGAAGAUGGCGUCGUCGCCGUCGUUCAUCACGGUGCAGCUGAAGAAGGCCUCGGAGGUGGACCUGGCCAAGCCCUUGUGCAAGUUCAUCCAGCAGACCUACCCGGGCGGGGAGUCCCAGGCCGAGCACUGCCGCGCCGCCGAGGAGCUCAACAAGCUGCGCAAGGGAGCCCUGGGCCGCUCGCUCGACAAGCACGAGAGCUCGCUCGAGACGCUGCUCAGAUACUAUGACCAGCUGUGUUCCAUAGAACCAAAAUUUCCAUUUUCUGAAAAUCAGAUCUGUGUAACCUUUACCUGGAAAGAUGCUUUUGACAAAGGAUCACUCUUUGGAGGAUCAGUCAAACUUGCUUUGGCAAGUUUGGGCUACGAGAAGACUUGUGUGUUGUUCAAUUGUGCAGCAUUGGCUAGCCAAAUAGCAUCAGAGCAGAAUCUUGACAGUGAUGAAGGCUUGAAAGCUGCUGCUAAACAUUAUCAGUUUGCUAGCGGUGCUUUCCAGCACAUUAAAGAUACUGUCCUCUCUUCACUAAACCGAGAACCAACAGUGGACAUCUCUCCAGAUACAGUUGGCACAUUAAGUCUUAUCAUGCUGGCUCAAGCUCAAGAAGUAUUUUUCCUUAAAGCUACCAGAGAAAAAAUGAAAGACGCCAUCAUAGCUAAACUUGCAAAUCAAGCUGCUGAUUAUUAUGGUGAUGCAUUCAAACAAUGUCAGUAUAAGGAUACCUUGCCCAAGUAUUUUUAUUUCCAGGAGGUGUUUCCGCUUCUGGCUGCAAAACAUUGUAUAAUGCAGGCCAAUGCAGAGUAUCAUCAGUCUAUAUUGGCAAAGCAACAGAAGAAAUUUGGUGAGGAAAUUGCAAGAUUGCAACAUGCUGCUGAUCUAGUAAAAACAGUGGCAUCUCGCUAUGAUGAAUAUAUAAAUGUAAAAGACUUGGCUGAUAAAAUCAACCGUGCACUUACAGCUGCUAAGAAGGACAAUGACUUUAUCUAUCAUGACCGAAUUCCUGAUCUUAAAGAUCUAGAGCCUAUUGGAAAAGCCAGUCUUGUAAAAGCUACUCCAGUUACUGUUCCUUUGAGCCAGAAAUUUACUGAUUUGUUUGAAAAGAUGGUUCCUCUGGUGGUGCAGCAAGCUCUUACCCUUUACAACCAAAGAAAGGCAGAACUGGUUAACAGAUCAAUAGCUCAGAUGAGAGAAUCCACCAAUCUGGCAAAUGGUGUCCUAGCUUCCCUCAAUCUCCCUGCUGCUAUUGAGGAUGUUUCUGGAGAUAGUAUUCCUCAGUCCAUUCUGCAGAAGUCUAAGUCAGUAAUUGAACAAGGAGGAGUCCAAACAAUUGAUCAGUUGAUGAAAGAUCUUCCUGAAUUGCUACAGAGAAACAGAGAGAUUUUGGAUGAGUCUCUACGGAUAUUGGAUGAAGAAGAAGCAACAGACAAUGAGCUGAAAAACAAAUUCAAGGAGCGUUGGCAAAGGACACCAUCAAAUGACCUUUACAAGCCUUUGAGGACAGAGGGGGCCAAUUACCGUAAUAUCUUGGAUAAAGCAGUGCAAGCUGACAAACAGGUUAAGGAACGAUAUCAGUCUCAUCGAGAUACAAUUUCACUGUUAUGUAAGCCAGAAGCAGAGCUGAAUGCAGCAAUUCCUUCAGCAAAUCCAGCAAAAACUAUGCAAGGGAGUGAGGUGGUUAACGUCUUAAAAUCUUUGCUGUCUAAUUUGGAUGAAGUGAAAAAGCAGAGAGAGCAACUUGAGAAUGAUCUCAAGUUAGUAAACUUUGACAUGACAACUAAAUUCCUAACAGCACUUGCCCAGGACGGUGCUUUGAAUGAAGAAGCCAUUUCUGUCACUGAAUUGGAUCGCCUUUAUGGUGGUCUCACUCAUAGAGUGCAAGAGACCCUGAAAAAACAGGAGGAGCUGCUCAACAACAUUCAGAAUUCGCAUCAGGAAUUUUCUAAGAUGAAGCAAUCAAAUAACGAAUCCAAUUUAAGAGAAGAAGUUCUUAAAAAUUUAGCUGUAGCCAAUGACAACUUUGUGGAACUUGUAGCCAACCUGAGAGAAGGCACUAAGUUUUACAAUGAACUAACUGAAAUCCUUCUGAAGUUCCAAAACAAAUGCAGUGACAUUGUAUUUGCACGCAAAACUGAGAGAGAUGAACUUCUGAAAGAUUUGCAACAAAGUAUUGCUAGAGAACCAAGCGCUCCUUCUUUUCCUUCUGUGCCUGCAUAUCAGACGGGUCCUGCUGGAGGAAAUAAACCUCCUCCAUCAUCUGUUCCAACUCCAGCCCCCAGAACCAGUGUGUCUAAUAAACCACAGCCACCAGCACGUCCUCCUCCUCCAGUGAUUUCUGCUGCGAAUACACUCACUACACCUGGACCAGCAGCUUCUGGGACAGCUACUAGCACAGCACCUUCACAGGCUCAAGGACCACCUUAUCCAACAUAUCCAGGUUAUCCUGGGUACUGCCAGAUGCCUUUGCCAAUGGGCUAUAAUCCUUACAUGUAUGGUCAAUACAAUAUGCCAUACACACCUUCACCCAUGUAUCAAAAUCCUGGACAAGCACCAUACCCAGGACCUCAGCAGCCUAGCUAUCCUUUCCCACAACAACAGCCCUAUUAUCCACAGCAAUAACAUAUCUGUGAAAAAGCACUGCUUGUUAUAAUUAAGAAAAACUUGCAAUAAGCAUACUAAAUCUUUAGUUCCAGUUAGUGUACUUCACUGUAUUGAAAAAGGUCUGUAACUUUUUUCUCUGGUUAAAUACUCCAAAUGCUCUGUACUCCCAGCUGAAUUCUUGUCUGCUUUAGACUGCUUGAGAGAGUAACAGGUUGCUGAGAUACUGUAUGCAAAGAAUUGGAUUACAGCAAAGAUUAGUUGAAUGUAAACUACAUUUAAACUAGCUCAAAAUGUCUUUUAGAAAGAGGUUUCCUAUUACAUAACAAAAACAAAAAAGUAAUGGGAAAAUUGGGUUGAAAAGCAAAAUGACAAAAGCACUCGGUGUGAUUUAGUCUACAAGAUUCAGCAGGAUUUUCUUCUAUAUUACAUUAGUUUGUAUUCUGGGUUUGAGUUUAGCUAUCAAUACGGUUUGUUUUAAUAAUAAAGGCAUUGUAAAUUGUAAGUGCAAAAUAAAUUGCAUAGGAUGGUUUAAAAAGAAGUUAAUACUAGAUAUUUUUGUUAUGCUGUAACCAGUAUAUGUUUUUGAAAUUUGGACACGUUCUUUGAUGCUGGGGUUUGAAGCUAAGGUUUCUAGUAAAGGGUAAGGUUGAUUGUUUUUAAGGUUCUGUAAUAUAAAAACAAGCCCAUAAAUCAAGAUGUUGUUAUCCCAGAAUGGAGAGAAAAUAAAUCAACAUAUUUUUAUUGAAUCUUUCAAAGGACUAGCUUUUGAGUUCCAAGGCAUUCAUCAGGGAUGAAUUGCAACAUAUGCUGUUAAGUUUGCUAUAUAUGCCUCUGGCUGGCAAGUAAAAGAUUUAACAUUUAUUUUGA